AUGGCCUUAUCUACAAUCUCUUCUUAUUCAUCCUCUUCUUCAGUCACCUCUCCAUGGCUCUACGAUGUGUUCUGGAGCUUUAGAGGAGAAGAUACCCGAGAUAUUUUUACUGCCCAUCUCUACCAUGCUUUGACUCAAAAGGGAAUCCCCACCUACUUAGAUGAGGAUGAGCUUAGGCGAGGUGAUGAAAUUUCACCUGCACUUUUCCAAGCUAUAGAAGGUUCAAGAAUUUUCAUCAUUAUACUUUCAAAAAAUUAUGCAUCGUCAACAUGGUGUUUGGAUGAGUUAUUGAAGAUGCUUGAUCAAAGUAAAAAAUCAAAGCAACAAAGAGUUCUACCUGUGUUUUACCAUGUAGAUCCAUCUGAUAUACGCCAUCAAAGAGAGAGUUUUGGGGAAGCAUUGGCUAAACAUGCUGAGAAAUUGAAUGUAGAUAACAAGAAGUUGCAGCUGUGGAAGGCAGCCCUUCAAGAAGUUGCCAAUUUGUCCGGAUACCCUCUUAUCAGAAAUGGGAAUGAAUCAGAAUUCAUUGAAACGAUCGUUCAAGAUGUCUCAAGAAUGGCAAAUGAUCAUUUAUAUUUACAUGUUGCUGAGCAUCCCGUUGGAUUAAAACCUCAUGUAGAAAAUGUCAAAUUGUGUUUAAGCGUUGGAACGAAAGACAUACGAAUGAUAGGAAUUUUUGGAGUUGGAGGAAUUGGUAAGACAACUCUAGCCAAAGCAAUUUAUAACUCGAUUGCUUUUGAAUUUGAAGCUAGUUGUUUUCUUCUAAUUGAUAGCGACACUUGGAAUCAAGUGAAUCGUUUGGUCCAAUUGCAAAAUACACUUCUUUCUAAGCUUGUAGGAGAGUGUAGAAGUUUGAAGGUUGACAAUAUUGAUAUGGGAAUCAAUAUGAUAAAGCGUAGGCUUCACUCUAAGAGAGUUCUUCUAAUUCUUGAUGGUAUAGACCACUCGGAUCAAUUAAAAGUAUUAGUGGGAACUCGUAAUUGGUUUGGUAAAGGAAGUAGAAUCAUCAUCACAACAAGAGAUCAACACUUGUUGACUGCUCAGGGAGUUGAUUCAACAUAUGAGAUGAUGGGAUUGAAUCAAGAUGAUGCUUUUCACUUAUUUUGUUGGCAAGCUUUCAAAAGUGAGAAACCGGUUGACGGUUAUGGAGAGUUUGUAGAACAGAUCAUAAAUUAUGCUGGGAGACUUCCACUAGUUUUAACAGUACUUGGUUCAGAUUUAUAUGGCAGAAUUAAAAAAGAGUGGGAAAGUGCUUUGGAUCAGUACAGGAAAAUCCAUCACCAAGAUAUUCAAAAAAUACUUCAAACGAGUUAUGAUAGAUUAAGUGAAAAUGAAAAAAAUGUUUUUCUUGACAUUGCAUGUUUUUUCAAUGGACAACAGCUUUAUAUUGUCACUUGGAUGCUAGAUAGUUUUGGUUCUGACCCAAACUUUUCGAUCCCAAGACUAAGGGAGAAGAGUCUUAUUUCGGAAUUUCACGGAAUAUUGCGAAUGCAUAACUUGUUACAAGAUAUGGAUAGAGAAAUUGUUUGA